CAUUUCAUACUCUAAAGUCUAAAACUUCCCUCCCACCUAUAUAAAUACAACUAAAUAAUCAUCUCCCACACCCUCUCAUCAAAAGUUUUCCAAUGGAAAACCAAAUCAUAGCAAUAUCAUUACUCCUCAUACUCACCUUACUAACAUUACACAUCCUAAAAAAAUUAUUCCCACAAAAAACACUAAACCCACCACCCGGCCCGAAACCAUGGCCCGUGAUAGGCAAUCUCAACCUAAUCGGGCCGCUCCCACACCGCUCCAUCCACCAACUCUCCCUAAAAUACGGCCCGGUAAUGCUCCUCAAAUUCGGCUCCUUUCCCGUCGUCGUCGGCUCCUCCGUCGAUGCAGCCAAGAUCUUCCUCAAAACAAUGGACCUCACCUUCGCCUCGCGCCCCAAAACCUCCGCCGGAAAGUACCUCACCUACAACUAUUCCGACAUCACGUGGUCCGAAUACGGCCCGCACUGGCGGCAGGCCCGAAAAAUGUGCUUGAUGGAGCUCUUCAGCACGCGGCGGAUCGACUCGUACGAGUACAUUCGGGCCGAAGAAACGGUCUCUCUCGUGAAGGAGAUUUUCGGGCUUUCGGGCAGGGCUUUUUGGGUUAAGGACAGCUUGUCGACGUUGAGCUUGAACGUGAUCAGCAGGAUGGUUUUGGGGAGGCGGUAUAUGGACGGCGGCGCCGCCGUCCCGCCGGAGGAGUUCAAGAAGAUGUUGGAUGAGCUUUUCUUUCUUGGUGGGGUUUUUAAUAUUGGGGAUAUGAUUCCGUAUAUCAAUUUCUUGGAUUUGCAAGGGUAUGUGAAGAGGAUGAAGGUGUUGAGCGGGAAAUUCGACCGGUUUUUGGAGCGCGUGCUCAACGAGCACGAGGCGAGGAGGCGGGACGCGACGGGUCACGCAAGCCAGGACAUGGUCGACGUGCUUCUCGAGUUCGCGGAGGAUCCGACGUUGGAGGUGAAGCUUGAGAGACACAUGGUCAAAGCGUUUACUCAGGAUAUGUUGGCUGGUGGGACCGAGAGUUCGGCUGUGACAGUGGAAUGGGCAAUGUCGGAAUUGCUGAAAAAACGUGAGAUUUUCAAGAAGGCGACGGAGGAGCUCGAUCGGGUCAUCGGGCAAAAUAGGUGGGUGACGGAGAACGAUAUACCUAGCCUCCCUUAUGUGGAGGCCAUUGUCAAGGAAAUCAUGAGACUGCACCCGGUGGCGCCAAUGUUGGUGCCCCGUCUAGCACGGGAAGACUGUAAGGUGGGUGAGUAUGACAUCAAGAAAGGAACCCAAGUGCUUGUUAAUACAUGGACAAUCCAUAGAGAUCCAUCCAUAUGGGAAAAUCCAAAUGAAUUUUAUCCGGAUAGAUUUCUUGGAAACAAUAUAGAUGUUAAAGGACAAGAUUUCGAGCUCUUGCCAUUCGGAUCGGGCCGUAGGAUGUGCCCGGGCUAUGCACUGGGCCUAAAGGUGAAUCAAUCAAGCUUAGCAAAUCUGUUGCAUGGGUUCAAUUGGAGUUUGCCGGGUGACAUGAAGCCCGAAGAGUUGAACAUGGAGGAGACUUUCGGGCUUUCAAUGCCAAAAAAAUUCCCACUUGUUACUAUUGCUCAGCCUAGACUUCCACUUCACCUCUAUAAUUUCAUGUGAAUUUUUGCUUCUUAUUUCAGACUUAUUGCAAUGCAUGGUGCUAUCAGUUAUGUGCUAUAAUAAAAUGUUGCACUUAAUUUUAAUGAUCCGUUUUCAAAAUUUGACAAAAAAAAUAGCUUCAGGCAAUUUUCAAACAACUUUCGAUGACCAAAAUUAGACACUAUCUGAGGAAGUGUUCGGGUCCCACGGGCGCCCCGAGAUGUGUGUUGACAUGGUCGGCAGGUAGCUCGAGGCGGGUUUCCAUCGAGCCCAUCUGGAGCUCGUUGACCAUGUCGAUCCCUAUGAGCUCUUAUAUUGUGAAAACGGGCUGGGCCCAUUAUGCCGAAAGGCCCAAUUCAGACCCAUCAUCCAGAUCCAUUAUUGAAAUCUUUUUGCUGCUUCAUGCCAAAAUUGAGAGCAUGAAGUGUAGGGUCACCUUAUCGAUAAAUCUUAUCUUUGGGGCAAUAAAGUGGAAAGGCAUAAAAAAAGCAUUCACAAAUUAUUGAUCUCAAUAAUGCUGCACCUAUGAAAAGUUGCAAUUCUCAAUUGUGAAAUCAGAUUGGUUUAUUUCAUCUUUGAAUAUUAAUUACACUGUGUAACAGAUUGGUUGUAUUUCUUUCAUUGAAAGAGUUAAACAUGGCGGCUUAUGGAGCUCUACUUUCUCUUAUGCAUAUCAUAGAUACCCUCGAGAAACAUCCUUCUCCCCCCCCAUUUCUAUCGACGCGGAACAAGUUGAAUCUCUCACUCAAAUUGUUACCUUCUUGCUGGAGUUUCUUGAUGCUUAUAUUUCCCCUUUUGUUGUUGAUGGCCGCGAAGCUGAUCCAUUGGAGCGUCGCAUUGCGGAUGCAGUUUAUGCAGCUGAGGAUGUUAUCGAGUUUCAUAUUGUGCUUCAAAUUCAUAGCCAUGAAGCUGAUCCUUUGGAGAGUCGUAUCGAAUCUUCAAUAUGCGGGAAGAGAGUCGGUUUUCUUAACUUGUUUCGAGGUAUAUGUAGAUGCACAAGCGCAACUGCCGAAGAAGACUUGUAACGCAGUAUGCAAAAAGUGAUAAAGGAAAUGAAUCUGAUGAAGAAAGAAGCCGUUGCUCAGCUGCGCGGAAAGGCCUCUUCGAUCCAUGUUGGCUCCUUGACGUCUUCUUCCAUUGUGAAGGAAAACAUGAUGGUGGGAUUUGAUGAAGUGUUUCUCGAGGUCUUGGAUAAGCUCACCGGAUAUCAACUCAGCCGCGAAAUCAUCCCCAUCGUGGGGAUGGGCGGUAUUGGUAAGACCACUCUUGCCCGAAGUUUAUUUGAGAAUGAAUUAGAAAGUAUUGUAAAAUGCAUGAUUUAUUGAGAGAUUUAUGUUUGAAAGAAGUUGAAAAGGAAAGGUUUUAUCCAUGGAUGUAGAUAGGAGAGAAAGACAGAGAUUCAUCGCGUGGUCAUGAACUCAUCUUGUUUCUGCUUGUAGUUCGAUUGUUUGUAAUUUGUGAGAGUGAAUUAGAAACAUAUCACCUUUUAUCCAUGGAUGUAGAUCUUACAUUCGAACCAAGUAACUCUUUCCUGUUCUUGCAUUGCUUGUCGCAUUCUUUUCAAUUUGUUUACGUCUUUUAUGGUAGUUUAAAAUUUGAUACUACUUGGAGAAAUAUGUGUGUAGUACAUGUGCGUAUGUGCCGGUGCUUUUAUGAGAGUCUCAACGACUCGGAUUGGUGGCAUGACAAAGGAACCCGUUGUAACUAUCAUGGCCAUGACCAAGUACCAACAAGGACGUUUUUGGUAGGCAACUCGGAGUGAUGGUCUGACAAUGUAGCCCACCGUGACUGACAAACAACUCGGAGUGGUGGACUGACAAAAGAAUCAUCAGUGAUCAAAAAGGAUGAUGAUCCUGAAAAGGUAAUUGGUGUUGCAGUUUUCUAGACAAAAUGUGAUCUCUUUCCUAUCCUGAUAGGCUAGUUUUUUGCAUGAAUUCACAACAUUAUGCCUUUGGGAAUCUUCAACGCGUUGGAUUUCACCUCUAUAAAUUCAUGUGAAUUUUGCCUCCGAUUUUGGACUUAUUGCAAUGUAUGGUGUUAUAAGUUUAGUUUUUUUUAUAUAUAAAAUGUUGCACUUAAUUUCA